AUGAUCAGAGGUGUCGGCUUAGAGAUUAGAAGAGAAAUUCAAGAGCAACAGAUGGAGAGAUUGAGGGAAUGCGCCGUGUACUAUGUGAGUCGCUUGUUGGGAGAAGCUGAAGCACGCUAUCCUAAGACUGAGAGGAUCUGCCUUGCGCUUAUCUACGCGGUACAAAGAUUGCGUCACUACUUCCUGGCUCACAAGCUCCAUCUCAUGGUGAAGACUGAUCCAGUAAGGUACCUGCUCACAAAACCAAUCUUAUCUGGCCGGUUGGCUAGGUGGUUGCUGCAACUGGCAGAGUUCGAUAUUGAGUGCGUAACACCCCGGGCCAUUAAGGGGCAAGCAGUAGUCAACAUGCUUGCUUUAUUCCAUGGAAGUGAGGAAAUUUCACUCAUACGAGACAUUCCUCGGGUAUUACCAGAAAUGGUAGGAAUGCUCACUGAUGAAGAAACAGGGGGCCAUCAAUCUUGGACUCUCUUCUUUGAUGGGUCGGCCACGAGUAAUGGAGGUGGAGCUGGAGUCGUGUUAAUAGACCCUGCAGGCAACAUUAAAGCUUUGUCAUUCAAGUUGAGUUUUCCAUGCACUAAUAAUAUAGCUGAAUAUGAAGCUUUUAUUAUUGGCAUGUCUACCGCAGUAGAAAUGGGUGUGAGGAAUAUCAAUAUCAUUGGAGAUUCAAACCUUGUUAUUAGCCAAAUGAGAGGCAAUUUCGCAGUAAAAGAAGCAGCUCUGGCACCAUACAGGACCUUAGCCCAGAAAUUGAUCAGAGUGUUUGAUCAAGCAACUCUGGAACACAUACCCGGAUCUACUAAUAGGUAUGCGGAUGCCUUGGCUACUAUCGGGUCCAAGCUGUCAUUCACAAUGGAGCAACCAAAUGUCAUGGUUACCCAUAAAAGCAAACCAUCCACAUAA